AUGGGGGGAGAAGGGUUCUGCCCCGCUCGGGAUUUAGAAGCCGACAGCAUGUUUCGAGGUCGGCAGUGUGUAUCGCGAGCAGUUAUAGUUUGCGUACUUGCCGAAACGUGGUCGUUGCAAGGCCAUCGGUUGGAAGUAGCAAGGUCAACCGCCAUUCUUCAUCGUCUCCACCAUCGAGCCACCACUCGCCCGUUCCCAACGCCCCUAACGAGCUCGUCGCUGUGUCUGACUGAAGGCCUUGACUUUGGCAUGGUGGUGUUCGUGAACGUUGGAUACAAUGGCGGGGGAUGCAGAAUCGACAGUGCCAUCAUUGUUGGCAAGGAUGUUGACGUCGUUGUCCGCAACCUUCACGACUGUCCUCCACACAAUGGAUUGUGGCGGGGUAGUCGUUUGGGAGUUGGCGUAUUCUUCUCAUCCCCGACAACAGAUGUGGUGCUCGUCGUUGUUGGCGGUGAUAACGGUUGA